UAUUCUCUUGUUUUACGGAUCCGCCGACCUGAAUUUCUAGAACCCGCCCAAAAAAAAAAAACAUAAUUGUGUCCGAUGAAAAAAAAAAUCAACCUUCAAUCCCCGAUUAAAAAAAAAAAUCGUCUUCUGGACUUCUAAAACUGACGAAAUUUAGUAACAGUAAAAGUAAUGAAAAUGGUAGUGCACGCAAUAUUGUCAAUAGGAAUAGCAGCUAGCUUGUAGUAGCGACAUCAUGUUGCAAAAAAUUCGGAUUUGGGCGACAUUCGGGAAUUUACCGCCACUUCAAGAUUCUUGCCGAAAAUAUAUUAUUUAUUGAAUCCGUUUGCUUAUUACCCGACAAGCCGAUGUCAGGUAAUAAUUAUUCAUGUUUCCGGGCCAAGACUUGAGAACACCGGCUCACUUGAUGAGAAGUCAUGGCCCCGAACAUGUAUAAUUAACACAUGUGAUAAUGUAACGAAGUCAAUGAUUGGAUUAGCUAUAUCAGUUAGCCAAUGAAAUACGUGGUAGCUUAUAAAAAAAAAUGAAAGUUGCGUCGUAUGUUUUACGAACGUGAGGAUGGUGAGCCGUUAUUUAUUUUAUUGGUGUUAAUUAUUCUGUGAUCGUCAUAGAAGGGUGCUAAUUUUAUUGGUCAGAUAAUUAAUCAGUGUUGGACAUGUGAGCUUACAUAAUAUUGUCAAAACACGUAAGUUGAGUUUAUGUUAAAUAAAAUACCGACCGAAAUCCCGAUUUUCAGAUGCGACAUCAUGAUCAUGUCGGUCCGUAUAGCGACAUGAACCGUGUUAUAGCGAUUUCUGCUCCUGAUUCGCCCAUUAGCGGGACCCCUUAGCAGAAUAAUAUCGACGACCCAAAUCUCGAACGAAAGUAUUCACAUAAACGCUGCCUCCAUAAACCUUGACAAUGCCAGCCUCGCUCGUCCAAACGCUACGUCUACUCUACUAAUGUAUUUGGUGACAUCCCGUGACCAUUCGGUUCUUUCCGUAGAAUACCGGUCCAGUUUUCACCUAGCCAAUCGUGUGCAUUCUUUUAUUAAUCCUACUUAUAACCAGCCAAUGAAAUAUGUUUUCACUUCCUCUUUGGCCAAUAAAUUCGCCAUGAUGGUUCAAUACGACUAAUCUAGGCGUGUUGUUGGUGACAUUUGAUUUCGCCUUUCAAGCCCCACAAUGGAUUCACGCUAUUUUAGCGUGAAAGUGGUAAGAGCUUUGGAAUCUUUCAAGUGCCUGAUAAGAAUAAGCCUCGAUCGAACAGUGGGUGAACUGGCUAAUUUAGCAAUUGAGAGAGUGGGCCUACUUCCUACUUCUUCCACGCCCAGCAUUGUAGAUGAUGAUGGACUGCGCAUCGAAAAAAUUAUGGCCUUUGAUUCCGCUUCCAGUUCAGACGUUACGACAAAUGGUAACAUCGUAGACGCAUCAACACCCCUCCAUGUCAUCGUAGAUUUUAAUCUGAUGUUUGUAACAGUCUUUCUUGUUUGCAAAGUGAAAGUCAGUGGUUCAAAAUCAAACUCAACUCCUUCAAGUGGUGACAACGAUAAGCAGGGAAAAAAUGCUUUUGAUGAAAUGAUGUCCAGUAACAUAAAGUAUGAUUGUUUACCCCCCUCAAAAAAUUAUAACAAUCUUAGAAAAGACCAUAGGAUGUUUAAUGACAUUCUUAGUUUGUUGAAAGAAAUGAAUGUUGGAUUCACAGCCCAUAAUGUUAAUAGUCUUGGGAAGCAAUUUGUCAGCACACUCCACAAUACAUUAUGGUAUAUUACUUCACAGCAUCAUAAGUUUAAAGAUCGUGGAUUACAAAUUCCAGAUAUAUUCCAAAAAUUUUCUGGAUAUUAUGACAACAAGGCCUGUCACAAAGGACCUCCCCAGGUAGAUUUUGUUUUCUAGAACAAGGCUAGAAUUAAAAUAUCCAAACAAAGCAAACUGUUAAAAACAGUAAAAGACAUAGACAUACAUACAAUAAACAAAACUAGUUAUGUGGACUUUUCAUAUGGCAUGAAAAGUGGUAUCAGGUGUUCCGGAGGGGUAAGCGUACCCUGCCCUGUGCACAGCACCCGCCACAAAACAAUAACUAGCAAUGAAACACAACCUUUAUGUAAUAGACAUUUGAUUUUUAGUAGGGGAGUUAUAGUAUAGAAUUUAUUCACUCUGCAGGAGUUGUGGUCAACAAUUCAAUUAUAUCAACAAAGCUUGCCAAAAGAAUAUUAGCUAUGUGGACUCUCCUUUAGAGAUGGCAAAUUGACACCAAGUUGUAGAGUGGCAUCAUCAAAUGUUUGACAAGAUUUUUUAUAUUGGAGUGUAACUGUAAGAUGAUAAUCUGAGAGUUUGUUGAGAAAUUAAGUGUUCAGGGAAUAAAACGGGAUUCAUUUUGUUACGGAAUUUGAUUUUCAUUUGUUCCUUUGAUAACCUCUUCUAUUUUAUAAUUUCAGAUGCAAGAGAGUAAGCUUAGGUCAUUGAUAGAUGAAAUGUCAGAUUUUUUAAUGAUUCCAUGGACCAUGAAGUUUACUAAAUUAUUCAAUGCUGUGGAAGGCUUGAUUAACAUAUUGAAGAAGUAUGCUGACUUUUUAUGUCAACAAAACAUUCGAUCACAAGCGCGCAAUGCUUCCAUGGAACCACUGAGGAAUCCAAACAUCAAUUUUUCAUUAACCCCAAUCCAAAAACUCACAGGUCCAAUUAGAGCUGAUUACAUGGCAUUAGAUGCAACCUUGUCUGUGAAAGAACCUUACGAAUUCCUUGAUUUGGUUGAAUUCUUACCAGAAGAGCGAUUUGACAGGCGUUCAUGGUUAGAACAUAUGCAACUUCCGUAUCCUGUCGCCCAUUACACAUAUUUUCAUGGUAAUUACUUGGGAAAUAUUAAUUUCAUUUGGAAGCUUCCACCCGAAGAUGAAAGAUCAGAUGAUAAAACAGUUAAAACUGUACAGCAAAUAAGUGAAUAUAUACCUACAUUUUCCACACGAUACAUCAGGCAACAGUUCCUCAACAAAUAUGUACAAGCUACAAAUUCACCCAAAGCAGUCCUCAGAAAUUUGUAUCGAUUUCUAACUAACGACUGCUCGUCUGCAGAAACCGAAGACCAGGAGGUUAUUGAUAAACGUGUGGAAGAAGUUAUCUCCCUCCAGGAUCCUGAACUCACAUGGGAUUUAAGAAAGAUGAACGGCAAUGCUCGAAAUUCAAAGUUUGAUAUAUUUUGGACCGAACUUGACAAUUAUUUCAAUGAAAUAAAUCUAGCUGUACAUGAGAGACGUCAUGGUCAACAUAUGUACUUACCAUACGCAAUAUCUAUUGAAGACCUUGUGUCAAUUAUAAAAAAGCGGUUGCCCGAAAACACUCCGAUCCCAUCAAACGAAUGGGUGAGAUUACAAUUCUGGCCAACUAACCCAAACACAAUAACAGCACUGCGAUAUACGGCAAGGUUUGAAGUUAAGUUUACUAUUCAAUCCAGACAAAUACGAGGUCAGCAUGAGGAUAGUCACUAUGUAGCAGUACAACUACAGUACAUCAAAGCCUUUGCGGUAAAAUAUAGAGAAUUUACAGAUUUCUUGUGGAUGGAUGACAAGGCUAUUGUGCCAAUUGGAGAACCAGGAUUACCAGUUUCAACAGGAGUAAGACCUCAUAAUCGUUCUCUGGCUCCGAAAUCAGGCCCUUCGAUAAGUGCUCUUGACCAUGACUACAAUGUUUGUGGUGCUAUCCCCUCAGUUACUUUCAAAUGUGAUAUCCCUGAGGCUGCAUCUAGUUCCUUCUUCAACGGAAUAGCUUUUGUGACGGUUAAAGAUAAGGUUUUCAGUCCGUCAAAUGCCAUCCGCCAUGGUUGUGAAACAACCAAUAUAUUAAGAACACAUUAUAGCCAGGAUGAUACCCAAGUAAACGCUGAACACCCAAUUUUGAUCAUGUAUACAGACGGUGGCCCAGAUCAUCGGACAACAUUUGGUUCGGUUCAAAUAGCAGCCAUCUGCAUGUUCAUGUGGUUAGAUUUAGAUUUUCUUAUAACUGCUCGCACUGCACCUAUGGGUAGUUGGGCCAAUUUAGCGGAACGAGUUAAUUCUAAUCUUAAUCUUGCUUUGCAAAAUGUGAGUCUUUCUCGAGAACAUAUGACAGACAAUCUAGAAAUGAAGAUGAGGGGUAUAAAUAGUCUAAAAGCAGCCAGAGACACAGCAAGACGAUACCCUGCGUUUAAAGAGGGUCUCAUCCAAUCAGUAGCACCUGUUAUAGAAUUGUUGCAGGAGAGAUUUGGUCAUUUGAAGUUAAAAGGGGAACCAAUAGUUAUUAGUCCAUCUGCAAAUCAAGAAUCAAUUGAUGACUUUUUUAAGAUUGUGAAGGAUCUGAUAGACCAAAAUCUGAUUGAAAACAAACUAACAAAACCUGAUCUAGAAAAAUCAGCAACACUUCAAGAUUUCAUGAAGAAGCACUGUCGUUUACGUAAUUACACAUUUCAAAUUAAAAAAUGUGCGAAUGCUCUGAUAGAAAACUGUGCUUACUGUCUCUUUAACCCACCAAGACUUCCUGAUGAAGUGUUUGAUACCCUAUCCUUCGUUCCAGAUCCUGUGGUAGCAUCCAACAAUAAAUAUGAAUCAUUCGAAACUGUUUAUGGACAAGCAACAAAUGAUUUGGCAAGGCCCUCGCUAAUGCUGUCUUCCCAAAAUAAGGAAAUUGACAAAAAGAAUAGAAAAAUUCUCAAUGCUACUAAAGUAAGAGAUGCGGUGUUAUGUGUCGAAUGUGGGAAACCACGGUGUGUGUACUCUGAAACUAAACUAACAUAUAUAGAGAAACAAGCUGUUGAUCGUCUCAAAGAACUUAAUUCUUUUACAUGUGGUUCCCCACUCUUCCCACAUUCCAGCAAAUAUAAUAGUUCUAUAAUAGUCCGAGAAGGAUUGAGAUGUUGCUCCACGAUGGAAACAACUUACUAUUCAAAGAGCACUGUAUCAUUACCUGCAGUUUGUUUUCAUUGUGGAGUAGCUAAGUCUUCAGAUUUUGCUGCAGAUCAAAACAUUCAAAGCUUGCAAGCGCAAUACAGUGUUGUUCGACCGAUAUGUGUGAAAUGUAAAGAUGAUGGCAAGGAAGCCAUAGUGAGAGGGAAAAGAAAUGUAAAAAGACUAAGAAAAAUGUAAGAUGAUGGCAAGGAAGCCAUGGUGAAAGGGAAAGACAUUAAGUAGGAGCCCCAAAACAGAUGUCACUAGACUUUAACACUGUAAAAUAGCUGUUUCAACUUUUAUUUUAUUAAAUGUGUUCACUUAAAGGUUGUUUUGGUUUUAUGCAGGAAAAUGAAAUGAAAUGUAGUUUAAUGUCCCAUUUUUAUGCACCGUAAAGCUAAUUAGAGACGGGCAUGUGCCAAGUAUGUGCAGUGAGGGUGAAUAUAAAGUGAGAAAUAGUAAAUGUAUUGCAGUACAACCAAAUUUUAAGUAAUAUAGACGCCAUUUUGAAUUCCCGCCCUUUGAAUUUUUUUCAUAUUAAUUUUAAUUUUAUUAAUUGACUCAGCAACCCUGUACACCCUCAUAUAGCUCAAUAUGAUGCAUGCAAAGUGAGAAAUAGUGAAGAUAUUGCAAUGCCUAUAAAUUUAAAGUAAUAUAGCCGCCAUUUUAAAUUUCCGCCAUUUUGGAUUUUUCCAUCAUCACCAAAAAAUUCAGUGAACCCCAAACUCUAAUAGUUAUUAUGAUAAAUAUAAAGUGACAAAUAAUACCGUUAUUCCAUAAAACUUGAAUUUUCACUCCAUUUUAGCUCAAAAACUUCUGGGGGUAUUUUUUUUUUUUUCCCCCUGCCCUUUACACAAUUUUGGUCUUUUUUUUUUUUUU